CUAUGUCCAGAGAGUUUCUUUAACCCUUUCUCUCCCAGGAUGCAGCCGGCCGAGGAGACUCCGCGCCCAGCCCUGAUCCCCAUCCGGGGAGUCCCUAUGAUCAAAUACUUCGCUGAGAACUGGGGGGAGGUGGAGGGAUUCCAGGCACAGCCGGACGAUCUACUGAUCUCCACCUACCCCAAAUCCGGUACCACCUGGAUCAGUGAGAUCAUCGACAUGAUCUACAAUGAUGGAGACACAGAGAAAUGCAAGCGAGAUGCCAUCUACAUGCGAGUCCCCUUCCUGGAGUUUGCUGUUCCUGGGGUCCCCACUGGUAACGUGGCCUCGGCUCCUGGGGCGCUGUGGGAGCUCACAGAAUCAUAGACGAUCAGGGUUGGAAGGGACCUCAGGA